GUUUCCUUACGAUACGUUGACACAGUUCGGGCUCGAACCUGAUCUCAACCCGAGCUCGAACCAGGAAAGCCUGGUUCAAACUUGGCUUGGUUGCACCCCCACCAGCUCAGCCACCGUUUGGCUUUUCUCCUCCAUCCUUGUGCACUCUCCUCUCGGACACUGGCCUCCAUCUUGCAACCCUCGAUACCUUCGCAGAGAGUUCUUGGCGACCGAUGGCCGGAAAGCCGCUACCCUCCGCGGCCACGGCCGCCUGCUCCAUCCAGCGCUCUCUCCUUGCUGUCGCUGCCCUUACCCUGAUCUGCUUCAGCCUCCUCUCUCUCAGAUCCCUCCGCUCGUCUCCCCAAUUUCCCUCCCCGGAGGUACUGGAAGUGGCUGUGGCCGAAGUUUCCAGCGAUCUUUCCAGCCGGAUGCUGGCCCCUUCCUCGAUCUACCACUCCCCGGACGUCUUCUUGAAGAACUACGCGGAGAUGGAGAGGAAAUUUAAGGUUUUUAUCUACCCGGAUGGGGAUCCGAAUACCUACUUCCAGACACCGCGGAAGCUGACUGGGAAGUACUCCAGCGAGGGGUACUUCUUCCAGAACAUCCGCGAGAGCCGCUUCCGGACGGAGGAUGCCGAUCAGGCCGACCUGUUCUUUGUGCCCAUAUCGUGCCAUAAGAUGAGAGGGAAGGGCAUAUCAUAUGAGAAUAUGACCAUCAUAGUUCAAAAUUAUGUUGAAAGCUUGAUAAGUAAAUAUCCAUAUUGGAAUAGAACCAUGGGUGCAGAUCACUUUUUUGUAACUUGCCAUGAUGUUGGUGUGAGAGCAUUUGAAGGACUUCAAAUGGUUGUAAAGAAUUCAAUUCGGGUUGUCUGUUCGCCAAGCUAUGAUGUUGGUUACAUCCCACACAAGGAUAUAGCUCUUCCCCAAGUGCUGCAGCCAUUUGCUCUGCCAUCAGGAGGAAAUGAUAUUGAGAACAGGACUAUACUUGGAUUUUGGGCAGGCCAUAGAAACUCAAAGAUAAGAGUCAUAUUAGCUCGUGUAUGGGAGAAUGACACAGAGCUUGCCAUUAGCAAUAAUCGCAUAAGCAGAGCUACUGGAGAGUUGGUCUAUCAGAAGCAGUUCUACAGGACGAAGUUCUGCAUAUGUCCAGGUGGUUCCCAAGUCAACAGUGCUCGCAUAGCAGACUCCAUUCACUAUGGAUGUAUUCCAGUCAUUAUAUCCAAUUACUAUGAUCUGCCAUUUAAUGACAUCCUUGACUGGCAGAAGUUCUCUGUUAUACUCAAGGAGAGUGAUGUCUACCAGCUUAAGUCUAUUCUGAAGUCCAUACCACAUGAGAAGUUUGUUGAGUUGCAUGAGCACUUAGUUGAGGUUCAGAAGCACUUUGAAUGGCACUCACCUCCAAUACCAUACGAUGCAUUCCACAUGGUAAUGUACGAACUUUGGCUACGGCACCAUGUCAUCAAGUACUGAAAGCAAGUUCACAGACCAUACAAUUAAUUCUGCUUUUUAUUAAGUUGUGAAGUGGUACAUAAGGGGCCCUGGAUUUUGGUAGAUAUCCCUGCGGAAGGUUUGCAAGAAUAUAUUCGGUUUUUCUCUCAUCCAUUCAAUCAGACACAUUAAUCCAAUAUUUGAUCACAUAGAGAAGUAAGAACAGAAAUGCAGGCGUAGGCACAAGCUCAGAACUUGCUGCUUAAGCAUUUUCAUAUUCGGUUGGAUAUUCAUCAUUUUGCAUUCACUGACAGAGGGGUGUGACAGAAAGUUGGCAGCAACCUGAGCUCAGAGGUAGAUUGAUCUCUGCUUGUCUCACUGCUGCCUUGCACUUGAUCAUGUAAUUUGGAUGGUACGCUCGAGUAUCAGAUCCGCGGUUUUUGCGUCUCAUUAUAUCUGCAUCGACUGUAAUAAUUUUGGAUUUGCCCUUUGUCUGACCAUCGAACAGGUGGUAGUUCCAUCAGUUCUUGUAUACUGUAAGCAGAUGAGAGAUGACAAAAAAACAUAACUGGAUGGUUUGUAAUUGGAACGUAACUGGUGGAAGUAUCUGUUUCAUCAUAAUUUCUUCUGUAA